AUGUUGCCAUUCCUAAUCUUCAAUGAUGUUGGGAAUCAUUCUAUUACCAGUUUUCCUUUCAAAUAGUUAUGGAAAAUGUUGAUUCUUGAGAAGAUCAAGAUGACUACUAGCUCAUUCUAAAUAAUGCUUUGCCAACUAAUUUUCUCCGCUACAGGCCCCAUCUGGCUUCUUCUUCUUCUUCAGCCUUCUCUCCAUGUUCUUAGAAUGACCAAGAUAUUAUUCAUUGUCUUUGGGACUGCCCAAAAGCUAGGGAAGUCUAGAGUUGCUUAGGCUUUCUCUCCCCCAAGGCUUUCUUAAUUCCAACCCUCUCCUUUGGCUAAAGCAUAGCUUUUAGCUCCAAGGGGGAUUCUCUAUGUUGUAGCAUUAUGAUGGAUUUGGAAGUGGCGCAACAACAAAUUUUUUUAUGUGGACAAGUGGGUUACUCAACAAGUCAUUUGUUGGAUUUAUGCUUUGCACAAUGAUAUUGUUUUGGCUAUGCAAGAUUCUGCAAGUUGAGAGAUGUUGCUCUCUACUUACCCAAAUGGACUUGCCCUUUUCUUGGUAUAGUUAAGCUCAAUGUUGAUAGUAGUUGUGUAUUCCCUCGACCCUAGUGAUAGGGACUGGUGGUCUGCAUCGUGACCACAACAAUGUUGUUUAGAUUGCGGAGUUUUCUUCAUAUGGAUACAAUAUGCCUUAAAUGUGAAAUUAUAACGCUCCUUCAAGACCUUCGCUUUGCUUGGGACCGUGGAUUUCCUAGUGUUUGCUACGAGAUUGAUAAUACACAAGUUGUUGAGGUUGUGUGUUCUAGUAUUUGUCCUCCUCCUCAUCAAUAUGCACACCUCUUGCUACAAAAUUUUCAGUUUAUCAAUAGAAAGUGGCAUCUUUCCUUUAUCCAUAUUGAGAGAGAGGUCAACGAAGCUACCCUGACAAAUGUUGGGGUUAAUCAAUGUCAACCCUUUUGUACUUGGACCUUGUACUCCCUCUUACCCUUGAUGCUCUCUUGCUUAAGGACUCUGUCUAGGGUAGUUUCUCUUGUUAUUUUUCGCAGAAUAAAAAUAUAUAUUAUCACUUUAAUCAAACACUUCUAAAAUUCUUUUGUGCAUCAAAUGAUUGUUUACUCUUACUACCAUAUGCCACUGAGUCACCAGAUUUAGUUGAAAAACCAACCAAGUUCAUCAAGUUUUACCUAUUCAUUUGCUCAAAUCAUCUAAAAUGGUACUGGGGUGGGCCAUGUAUCUAAUUUUUAGUUGAAUUUAUGAGUUUAGUUUUCGAGUAAGUCUAAUAAAAUCUAUUUAAGAGCUGACCUGACCCUAUUCACUGUGCUACUAUCCCCACUGUUCUUGUCCCACAACUCACCACCGAGACAGUACAAAACCCUAAAACCUUCUUCUUCUUCUUCAUCACGGUUGAUGCCCAAUCCCUAAAACAAGGCUAAUUCCACAAUGAAGUUCGACAUAGAGGACAUAACCGUGUACUUCCCCUACGACAACAUCUACCCGGAGCAAUACUCCUACAUGGUAGAACUCAAGCGCGCCCUCGACGCCAAGGGCCACUGCCUCCUAGAAAUGCCCACCGGCACGGGGAAAACCAUCGCACUCCUCUCCUUGAUCACAAGCUACGUUCUUUCCAAACCCCAUUCCCCCCUCAAGCUCCUCUACUGCACCCGCACCGUCCACGAGAUGGAGAAGACGCUCGCCGAGCUCCGCCUCCUCCACGACUACCAGCUCCGCCACCUUGGCCCCGCCGCCAAGAUCCUCGCCCUUGGCCUGUCGUCCAGGAAAAAUCUCUGCGUUAAUCCGCGGGUUCUCGCCGCGGAGAAUCGCGACUCCGUGGACGCUGGAUGCCGGAAGCUGACCGCGUCGUGGGUCCGAGCGGUGGCCGCGGAGAACCCUGGCGUGCCGACGUGUGAGUUCUUUGAGCAGUAUGAGCGGGCGGGGUCGUCCGCGGUUCUGCCUCCCGGGGUUUAUACAUUGCAGGACUUGAGAGUAUAUGGGAAGGAGAAGGGGUGGUGCCCAUACUAUUUGGCACGACAUAUGGUGCAGUUUGCCAACGUGGUGGUGUAUAGCUAUCAGUAUUUGCUUGAUCCAAAGGUGGCUGGCAUAAUAUCUAAGGAAAUGCAGAAAGAGUCAGUUGUUGUGUUUGAUGAAGCUCAUAAUAUUGAUAAUGUCUGUAUUGAAGCGCUUAGUGUGAGUGUGAGGAGGCAGACUAUUGAAGGUGCUAGAAGAAAUCUUAAUAGGAUGCGUCAGGAAAUUGACAAGUUCAAGGCCACUGAUGCAGGUAGACUCCGUGCUGAAUACAACAGGCUUGUCGAAGGUUUGGCACUAAGAGGAGACCUGCCUGCUACUGAUGCCUGGCUUGCAAAUCCGGCCUUGCCUGAUGAUAUACUAAAGGAGGCUGUACCUGGAAAUAUUCGCCGGGCUGAGCAUUUUAUUCAUGUUUUGCGUAGAUUAGUUCAAUACCUUGAAGGGCGCUUGGAUACUGAGAAUGUGGAGAAGGAGAGCCCUGUUAGCUUUGUUGUUUCUAUUCUUAACCAUGCCGGAAUUGACCAAAAAGCACUAAAGUUCUGUUAUGAUCGCCUUCAUUCUUUGAUGAUGACAUUGGAAAUUACAGAUACCGAUGAGUUCCUUCAUAUCCAAACUAUAUGUGAUUUUGCCACCCUUGUAGGAACAUAUGCUCGUGGUUUUUCUAUUAUAAUUGAACCUUUUGAUGAGCGAAUGCCACAUAUUCCUGAUCCUGUAUUACAGCUUUGUUGCCAUGAUGCUUCUCUUGCUAUCAAGCCAGUUUUUGAGCGAUUUCAGUCUGUUGUGAUUACAUCUGGCACACUAAGCCCAAUAGAUUUGUACCCUCGUCUUUUGAAUUUCAAUCCUGUUGUCAGUAGAAGUUUUACUAUGUCCUUAACAAGAGAUUGCAUAUGUCCUAUGGUGCUUACCCGUGGCAGUGAUCAGCUUCCAGUCAGUACGAAAUUUGAUAUGAGAAGUGAUCUGGGUGUGGUAAGGAAUUAUGGAAGACUCUUGUUGGAAAUGGCUUCAGUUGUUCCGGAUGGGAUUGUAUGUUUCUUUGUUAGUUACUCAUAUAUGGAUGGGAUAGUCAAUACUUGGAAUGAAAAUGGAAUUUUAAAGGAAAUAAUGCAACAUAAACUUGUCUUUAUUGAGACUCAGGAUGUGGUAGAGACUACAUUGGCUCUUGAUAACUACCGCAAGGCUUGUGAUUGUGGAAGAGGUGCUAUCUUUUUUUCUGUUGCUAGGGGAAAGGUUGCUGAAGGUAUAGAUUUUGAUCGACAUUAUGGCCGACUAGUAAUCAUGUUUGGUGUUCCUUUUCAAUACACAUUAAGCAAGAUUUUGCUUGCACGUCUGGAAUAUCUACGGGAUACUUUUCAAAUUAAGGAAGGAGAUUUUCUGACUUUUGAUGCAUUGAGACAAGCUGCUCAAUGUGUGGGUCGUGUAAUCCGUUCAAAGGCUGAUUAUGGAAUGAUGAUUUUUGCAGACAAAAGGUAUAGUCGCCAUGACAAACGUUCAAAAUUGCCUAGUUGGAUACUAUCUCAUUUACAUGAUGCCCACCUGAACUUGAGCACAGACAUGGCUUUGCAUAUAGCACGUGAGUUCCUCAGGAAAAUGGCCCAGCCUUAUGAUAAAACCGGUGGCACUGGCAGGAAAACCUUGUUGUCCCAGGAAGACUUGGAGAAGAUGGCUGUCAGUGGCUUGGAUGAUAUGAUGUAUUGAGGCAUGCCUACAAAAUUUUCUGAACCGGGGCUGCUUUCAUCUGAAUAUUAAUUCCAUAUGCAGUUCCCAUUUUCACAUAGAUAUAGAGGAAGUGUCAUUUUGAUGAGAAUAUGAUUUCACGGAGCAAUCCAUAAUGAUGAGACACCUUGUUUUUAGCAUUGAAAUCUAGUUGAGGCUUCGAUCUUAAGUUAUUUUGUUUUGUUUUUUUUUUUUUCUCAGCAUUAAGUUAUUUUGUAUUACUUAUUGAAAUCUAGUUGGGUACUAUUGCAUGCUUAUCCUGGGUUCCAUUA